AUGGGUAAUUGCUGGGGUCUGUUCCGUAGACGCAAUAUGCGUCGUCAUAUUGUUUUAAUAUUAAUAGGAUUGGACAAUGCGGGUAAAACGAAAACUGUGAAUAAUUUAGCUGGUGAAAAAGACGAUAAGGUUUUACCUACCGUUGGUUUUAAGGCUGUAAAUUUGAUACAUAAGGAUACGCCUGUUACUAUAUACGAUCUGGGCGGCGGGCCGCAGUUCAGGGAAAUAUGGUGUCAGUACUACAGCGAAGUACAUGGUGUCAUAUUUGUGAUCGAUUCGAGCGAUUUUUCACGCUUGGACGAAUGUAAAACAGUGUUAGAAGAGGUAUUAUCGCACGAUAAAAUAUCUGGUAAACCUGUUUUGGUACUAGCGAACAAACAAGACAAGUCGGGUGCCUUAGACGAUAUCGAUGUUGUUGAAAAACUCAAUAUAGAACCAUUGGUGAAUAAGUACCGAUGUCCAACUUUAGUGGAGUCCUAUAGCGCCACACCCAUCGAUAGUAAGUCGAAGAAAAUUAAAAUUGACCCCGGCCUUAGAAAGGGUUACCAAUGGCUAUUAAACUAUAUAGUACGUCGUUACGGAGAUAUAAACUUGAGAGUGCAAACAGACAUACACGCCGAAUUGGAGCGUAGGAAGAGACUGCUCAACCGGGCAUCGAACCGGGCAUCACAGACAUUCACAGCUCUCAGCGACGACAUCGCAACCCAAACCGGUUUCGAGAACCCGAAUUUCGGGAUAGAAAACCCGAAAAUCGAGGAAAAGGAGCUCGGUAGUGGCUUAAUACAUGUUAAGCCAUUACGAAAACCAGCAAGCGUGGAUUCAACAAUUACGAUAGAAAGCGUCGAAUCCGAUAAUACUAGUGCUAAACCCCGACUCUCGCCGCUAUUCGGAGCAAGUAAUAGCUCAACAUCAGAAACUGUUAGGAUAGAACUCGAACCGAGGAGCGAAUUUAGGAAAUUAUCACCGAUAAUAAGAAAUAAGGACGCGUGUAAUAUAGACUUUAAGAACAGGCCGCAGUCGAGCCCCACUUACCAGAGAAAUAAUAUGCUAUCAGGCAAGAGUUCCCAAGAACGAGUUAUUGAAGACGGGAAUCGAACCUGGAACCACGCGCCUACACACGUGGACACUCAACUGGGAGGGUUGAGGGAGAUCGUUAUAACGGAGAGAGAUCCAGGCAGUAGGGCUGCAUCAUCAGAUAUAGCACCAUCAUGUCCUGCCACAUUACCAGCUCGACCUGCCUCUGCUUCAAGACUGGUUCGGAGACAAUUGGAGAUCAGUGGACAUCGGAGACGACUCAGUCUUAGAUACAUGCAACGAAACAAGACCAGCCCUGAACGAGCAUCAAUGAUGAUAUACGAACAGAAAAUAAAAAGGCACAUGAAUAAAGGUGACUUCGAGAAAACUGUCAUACACUGA